AUGGACAUUACUUCCAAAACCCCAUUACGCUCUAUAGCAGAUGGCUGGAGGAAACUAUCUUCCAGAGUUUGCAAUGCACUGUCCGACAAAGCUGCUAACAUGGGAGCUGACCUGAUCAUUGUCACGGGUGCUACUGGAGUUGGAAAGUCUGCUUUCAUCAAAUCCGUGACAGGUUCGAAUGUCUACGUCUCAUCUACUCUUCAAUCCGGAACACGGACUACCGCUCUUGUACCUACAAUCAUCAACGGGAAGAAGUACAUUUUCCUGGAUAUGCCAGGAUUCAGCGCGGCCGACAUGGACGAUCGGGAGAUUUUCUAUCUUCUCAUGACAGCCAUGGCCACAAUACAGCCAUAUGUUAAGUUCCGCGGUCUUAUAUACGUUGAUAAAUUUGAUGAUGACCGUUCGACUAAGUCCCAGAAAAUGGUUCUAACUUGGCUGCAACAUUUCUGCGGUAACGAUUACAUGCCAAACGUUACAAUCGUCUCUACUAAGUGGGAUAGGAAGGAUGAUGCUGGUAUUGAAGAGAAGCUCGACCGUUAUUCUCAAUGGUGCGAGAGUGAUUUGAUUCGACCUCUACUCUUAAAUGGAGCAGAGUCAUUUCACCAUGGCCUCAUCCAGGACGGUGACCGUAAGCGAGGGCUUGAUAUAGGGAGGAACGCCGAGGGACGAGCACGCGAAGCAAGAGCAAUGAUACAUGAGCGUUAUCACGACGCAUCAGAGCUGCGUCUGAAGAUUUACACCGAAAUCGCUGAUGGCCAGAGUAUCGAUGCAACAUCUGCGGGACGCUGGCUCAGAUCAGCAACAAAGGGAAGCAGCAAUGCCACAGCUCCAGAUCAAGGCAAGUCACGACAGUAUCUGAACGAGUCUCUCCAUUCCAAUGGCUAA